GCUGCGGGCAGGAAGGGAGGCGGCCCAGGCAGCUCUCUCUAGGGUGGCACCAAGUUGCCGGUUGCCCUCUCUCCGGACCCAAGCGUUCCCCACCCGGCCAGCGGAGUCCAGGCAGCCUCUGCGCGCAGCAAGCCGCCGCUGCGGUCAGGUGACACCCCCUCCACGCCCCCGCUCCCGCUCCCGCUCACACUCCCCGGUCACGACUCGAGGCCCCGGAAGCCGGGUCGCCCCGCCCCCACGCUCCUGCCCCGGCCCCCGCCCCGCGCCGGAGCCCCGCCCGCCUUCCGACGGGGGUGCGGCUCCAGGAAACGGUGCGCUCGCAGCUCUGUGCUCCGCCACCCGACGCGCCCCAGACGACCCCGUCGACUCAGCCAGACCACUCGACGGGCCCCAGCGGCGGCAGCGGAGAGCGCGAUCCCGGGUUGGAACCUGGGACACCUCUGCACGGACGGGGCGGGCAGCACAGACAGGCCAUGGGGACCCGGGCCGGGCCAGCAAAGGCGGGCCAGCGGGAGUACCGGGCCUGAGAAGUGGGCAGCGGGGCAGCGGUGACCAUGACCUCGGUGUGGAAGCGCCUGCAGCGCGUGGGCAAGCGGGCAGCCAAGUUCCAGUUCGUGGCCUGUUACCACGAGCUGGUGUUGGAGUGCACCAAGAAAUGGCAGCCGGAUAAACUAGUGGUGGUAUGGACCCGGCGGAACCGACGCAUCUGCUCCAAGGCCCACAGCUGGCAGCCGGGCAUCCAGAACCCAUACCGGGGCACCGUGGUGUGGAUGGUACCUGAGAAUGUGGACAUCUCUGUGACCCUCUACAGGGACCCCCACAUGGACCAGUAUGAGGCCAAAGAGUGGACAUUUAUUAUUGAAAAUGAGUCUAAGGGGCAGCGGAAGGUGCUGGCCACAGCUGAAGUAGACCUGGCUCGCCAUGCGGGGCCCGUGCCUGCCCAGGUCCCACUGAGGCUUCGGCUGAAGCCCAAGUCAGUGAAGGUGGUGCAGGCCGAGCUGAGCCUCACUCUCUCAGGGGUGCUGCUGCGGGAGGGCCGUGCCACGGAUGAUGACAUGCAGAGUCUCGCAAGCCUCAUGAGUGUGAAGCCUAGUGAUGUGGGCAACUUGGAUGACUUUGCUGAGAGUGAUGAAGACGAGGCUCAUGGCCCAGGAGCCCCCGAGGCCCGGGCUCAAGUCUCCCAGCCAGGCCGGGGCGGUGCCCUGAGGCCGGUGCGUUUCCCAGAUUCCUCUCGAGAGCUGAAGACGCUUUGUGAGGAGGAGGAGGAAGGCCGAGGACGACCCCAGCAGGCAGUUGUCAGCCCUUCUAGUGCUGAGGACACCAGCUCAGCCCCUGUGAGUGCUCCUGCACCCCCAGCCAGAGCCUCUCGAGGCCAGGGGUCAGAACGAGCUACUGAAGCCGGGGGCCAGCUGGGCCCUGAGGCCCCAAGGCCCCCAGAAACCUCAGCAGAGAUGAGGUCUUCAAGGCAGCCAGGCCAGGACACAGCCCCCACCCCAGCCCCUCGGCUCCGGAAAGGCUCUGAUGCCCUCCGGCCCUCAGUCCCCCAAGGGGAGGAUGAGGUCCCCAAAGCCUCAGGGGCUCCCCCAGAAGGAUUGGGCUCUGCCAGGGAGACCCAGGCCCAGGCAUGCCCUCAGGAAGGGACAGAAGCCCAUGGAGCUAGGCUGGGCCCAGGCAUUGAGGAGAAAGGCUCUGGAGAGCCUUUUGGAGGGCAGAGACUCAAGGCUGAAGACAUGGGUACCGGGGACAGGCAAGAGGCCAGUGGGGAGGACACUGAGGCCAGUCGGGGGGAUACUGAGGUUGGUGGUAUGGACAGUGAGCCCGGGGCAAGAGGCAGAGGGGUCAACACUCAGAGGGCAGGAGUCAGAGCUGGGGAGCCUACAGAGAGUUCAGCGGUUUGUCAAGGGGAUGCUGAGCAGAGGUUAAAGGUGGGACAUGUGGACAAUAAGGGACCAGAGGCGACAAGGGCGAUGCCUGAGGCAAGAUGCAGGGGGACCCCUGAGGCUCCUCCAAGGGGCUCUCAGGAAAGGGUGGGAGUCAGGACCAGGGAUGAGGCUCCCUCAGGCCUGAGCCUGCCCCUAGUGGAGCCUGCAGGGCAUUCUGGGCAUCUUGGUGACCUCCAGGGGGCCAGGGUUGCUGCAGGCCAGGAGAGAGAGGGUGUAGAAGUGAGGGGCGGAGCCCCUGGUAUUGAGGGGACAGGCCUGGAGCAGGGCCCCUCUGUUGAAGCAACAAGCACCGGGCCACAGGUGAGCAGCUGGCAGAGGGUCCUGUUAUCAGCUACCCAGGGGGUGAUAUCCAGGGGUCUGGGGGCCUGGGAGGCAGAAGCUGGGGGUUCAGGAGUCCUGGAAACAGAGACUGAGGUGGUAGGGUUGGAGGUGCUGGGAACCCAGGAGAAAGAAGUCAGGGGGUCGGGGUUCCCAGAGACAAGGACACUAGAAAUUGAGAUACUGGGGGCCUUGGAGACAGAAGCAGCAAGAUCAAGGGUCCCGGAGUUGGAGGUUGCAGGGACAGCACAGUCUGAGGAACUGGAGACCCAGGAAGCCCAGGGGGCGGCCACAGAGGCCGCAGGGACAGAGACUGGGGUGGCAGGAGCUGAGGCAUUGGGGACCCAGAAAACAGAGGCUGGGGGUCCAGGAGUUGUGGAGACAAGAACUAGGAUAGCAGAGACUGAGGUACUGGGGACCCACAAGAUAUCUGGGGACUCGGGAACACUGAAGCUUGAAGGUAAGAUAGCAGAAUCUGAGAUGCAGGGGACCCAGGAGACAGAGGUGGAAGAUUCUAGGGUACCAGAGACAGAGGCUAAAACAUUAGGGACCCUGGAGAUAACAGCUAGGAGUUCAGGGGUCCCAGAGACAGAAGCUGAGAUAGCAGAGUCUGAAAUAUUGGUAGCCCACGAGAUAGAGAUGGGGCUUUUGGGGGUCCCAGGGAUAGAGACUGGGGCAGCAGAAGCUGUGAUAUUGGGGACCCAAGAGAUACCAUCUGGGGAUUCAGGGGUCCCAGGGCCAGAAGCUGAUGUAACAGGUAUCCAGGCUACAGAGGUGGGGGGUUCAGAAGUUCCAGGAGUAGAGACUGGGACAGCAGAAGCUGUGAUACUGGGGACCCAAGAGAUAGCAUCUAGGGGUUCAGGGGUCCCAGGGUUAGAAUCUAAGGUGACUGGGACCCAGAAGAUGGAGGUGGGGGAAUCAGGGAUCUCAGGGUCAGAAUCUGAGGUAGGUGGGGCCCAGGAGACAGAGGUGGGGGCGUCAGGGAUCUCAGGGUCAGAAUCUGAGGUAGGUGGGGCCCAGGAGACAGAGGUGGGGGCGUCAGGGAUCUCAGGGUCAGAAUCUGAGGUAGGUGGGGCCCAGGAGACAGAGGUGGGGGCGUCAGGGAUCUCAGGGCCAGAAUCUGAGAUAGGUGGGGUCCAGGAGACAGAGGUGGGGGCGUCAGGGAUCUCAGGGUCAGAAUCUGAGGUAGAUGGGGCCCAGGAGACAGAGGUGGGGGCGUCAGGGAUCUCAGGGUCAGAAUCUGAGGUAGGUGGGGCCCAGGAGACAGAGGUGGGGGCGUCAGGGAUCUCAGGGUCAGAAUCUGAGGUAGGUGGGGCCCAGGAGACAGAGGUGGGGGCGUCAGGGAUCUCAGGGCUAGAGGCUGGAAUGGCAGAGGCCGGAGUACUGAUGACCCAGCAGACAGAAAUUAUAGUUCCAGAGGCUCAGAAGGAAGACGUUCAGACUUUAGGGGGCCAGGAAGCAGAGACUGGAGUUGGGAGUGCUCUCAACUCUGGGGCCUUAAAGACCCCAGUCACUCAGCCAAGAGUUGUAGGAUCCCAGGAAACAAAAGCAGAGAUUUCAAGACUACAAAGGUCAGAGACUGAAGUUCUGAGAGUCCAGGAGGCAGAGGCUGGGAUUUGGGGGAUUUCAGAGGCCAAAUCUGGGGCUUUGGGAGCCCAGGAGGCAGAGAUGAAGGUUGUAGAGCCUCUGGAGAACAAAUCUGGUAUUUUUGAGGCCCAGGAAGCGGAGGCUGGGGUCGUAGGAAACCAGAAGGGGAAAGAAGCUGAGGGAAGCCUCGAAGAGGCCAGCCUGACUGAAGCACAGGUGGCCAGUGGGGCAGGGGCUGGGGUGCCCAAGGCCUCUUCCCCAGAGAAGGCUGAAGAGGACAGGAGGCUGCGGGGCAGCCAGGCGCCGCCUACCCUGGUCAGCUCUAGCCAGUCCCUGCUGGAGUGGUGCCAGGAGGUGACCGCUGGCUAUCGUGGGGUCUGCAUCACCAACUUCACCACAUCCUGGCGAAACGGAUUGGCCUUCUGUGCCAUCCUGCACCGAUUCUACCCAGACAAGAUUGACUAUGUCUCCCUAGACCCACUCGACAUCAAGCAGAACAACAAGCAGGCCUUCGAUGGCUUCGCGGCCCUGGGCGUGUCGCGGCUGCUGGAGCCCGCGGACAUGGUGCUGCUGUCGGUGCCCGACAAGCUGAUCGUCAUGACGUACCUGUGCCAGAUCCGCGCCUUCUGCACCGGGCAGGAGCUGCAGCUGGUGCAGCUGGAGGGCGGCGGCGGCGCCGGCAUGUACCGCGUGGGCAGCGCCCAGCCCAGCCCGCCCGAAGAUCUGGACGCUGGAGGCCUGGCACAGCGGCUGCGCGAGCACGGGGUCGAGGCGCCCCAGGAGCCCAAGGAGGCCGCGGACGGGGCGGCCCCGGGGGCAGCCUCCAGGAACGCGGAUGCGGGCCGCGCCUCCAAGGACGGUGGGGCCGAGGCCGCCCGAGAGACGCGACCCACCGAGGUUCCCGCAGAGGGGUUGGUGAAUGGGGCGGGGACGCCGGGCGGCGGCGGCGUGAGGCUGCGACGGUCCUCGGUCAACGGGGAGGCCGGGCCGGUGCCUCCGCCCCGCGCGCACGGCUCCUUCUCCCACGUGCGUGAUGCAGACCUGCUCAAGAAGAGGCGCUCGCGGCUGCGGAACAGCAGCUCCUUCUCGGUGGACGAUCCAGACGGGGGAGUCGCGGGAGCUGCGACUGCGGAAGGCCAGGCCCCUGACCCCAGCCCUGCCCUGGGCCCACCCACAGCUGCAGCCUCUCAACAGCCCCCUGGUAGGAGUCCCCCCUCGGAGGAGCCACCCCCAAGCCCAGGGGAGGAGGCUGGGCUGCAAAGGUUCCAGGACACAAGUCAGUAUGUGUGUGCAGAGCUGCAGGCCCUGGAGCAGGAGCAGAGGCAGAUAGAUGGGCGGGCAGCUGAGGUGGAGAAGCAGCUGAGGAGCCUCAUGGAGUCAGGUGCCAACAAGCUGCAGGAGGAGGUGCUGAUCCAGGAGUGGUUCACCCUGGUCAACAAGAAGAAUGCUCUCAUCCGGAGGCAGGACCAGCUGCAGCUGCUCAUCGAGGAGCAGGACUUGGAGCGCAGGUUUGAGCUGCUGAGCCGCGAGCUGCGGGCCAUGCUGGCGAUCGAAGACUGGCAGAAAACGUCUGCGCAGCAGCACCGAGAGCAGCUCCUGCUGGAGGAGCUGGUGUCGCUGGUGAACCAGCGCGACGAGCUGGUCCGGGACCUGGACCACAAGGAGCGGAUCGCCUUGGAGGAGGACGAGCGCCUGGAGCGCGGCCUGGAGCAGCGGCGCCGCAAGCUGAGCCGGCAGCUGAGCCGGCGGGAACGCUGCGUGCUGAGCUGAGGCCGCCGGCCCGGAUGCUGUGCGUGUCCGCUAGGGGCCGCUGGCGCCCUUCCCGGGACAGGGCAGGGCGGAUCGCCGCCUGCGGCUGGGCGGCCGUCGUAUUUAUUUGUCGCCGAGUGUGUGUGCACGCUCGCGGCGGGUGCGGGCACCUCCCCGAUGGCACGGCCGGGCCAGCGGCCCCGGGGAGAGGGAUGCCUGGGGGCUGCCGCCCUGUGCCGGCUCUCCCUCCUGUUCUCCAAAGCAGUAAAGUUGGACUAGGCUA